AUGAGAGAGAAGAGCGGAUUGCACAGAUUGAAAGAGAAAAGAGGCGUUGCGAAGUAUGAGAAAAAAGGGCAGACACAGAGAGCAAAACAGGUGGUGCCAUACCAGGUCACAGCGUUUACAUCUUUGUGGACGGAAGAGAGGGAGCAGUGUCCAGAGACCGCUCACGCACAGUCUGCCAAGAGGAGAACAAGGAAGAAGCAGAAUGAAUGA